AUGACAUCUCCGGGUCUCAGUGGUGAUCACCGCCCAAACGAUGUCACGACACGAGCCGAUGAAAGUGCUGCAACAAGGCGGGCAAAGAGGAACAGGGCAACCAUUGCAUGCACAAAUUGCCGACAGCGCAAAUCGCGUUGUGAUGGCUUACGACCAAAAUGUUCCGUUUGCAAAGAUUACAGCCUAGAAUGCGCAUAUUCAAAUACAAGCACUCUUACUAAGAACUCUGUUUCCAAAGGACUUAUAGAAGCACUCGAAGCUCGGCUCACACGUCUCGAAAAUGGUUUUACUGGAAUGUCUACCAGAGUAAACAAGAUCGAAGAUCUCCAGAACAAGGGAACUACACAUAUAUCCUCCGUAUCGCAUGCAUCUGGAAUCCCUAGUGAUCUCCCACUUUCGCAGGCGGAUGAUAGUGCAAGAACUUUAGCUGAACUUGAAGAUCCGACUGAUGGAAUGGGCUCAAUGAUUUUUACAGAUGAAGAAGACUUGCGAUUCUUUGGGCCAUCCUCUAACAUUGCGUUCACACGUCGUAUCGUUACAUUAACAACUGCGAUCCUGAAAAAGGCUGCAUCAAUGGGUAGUCCAAUAUCACCUGAAGAAUACACUAUAACAAGUCACAUCCCGCGCAUAUCCCGGCCUCCAUCUCCGAUACCGAUUCUUACUGAUCAUUCUGACGCCGCUUCAAUUGGAACAGAACCGUUCAUACUGCCACCGCAACAAGACACUCUCCAUCUUAUAGAGCUUUACUUUAGUUCAACUGGAACUCUCUUUCCAUACAUCGACAAAGACGGCUUUCUUCAGACUUAUCGGCAGCUUACUUCAACAAACAUGGUUUCUGUGCGGAGAUCAUGGCUUGGCUUACUUAACGUAAUUCUUGCAAUGGCAACAAGUACCAAUACAGGUUAUGACGCAACGCUAUCUGCGCAGGAGCGUACGUCCAAGUCAAAUGUCUACUUUCGCCGCGCUUCGGUUCUUUGCGAUCGACAAAUACGGCAUGGCACAAGUGUCGAGAUCGUCCAACUCUUGCUCUUGAUGAGCCAGUACCUUCAAGGUUCGGAACGUUCGAUUGAGACGUGGAAUCUCCACGGUCUUGCUGUGAAGGCAGCUUAUCAAUUAGGGUUGCACUCUUCGGAUGCUCUCCAGCAGUAUCCGCCUCGAGAACGAGAGUUCCGUAAACGAACUUGGUAUGGAACACUCAGUAUGACGAUGGGACGUCCCAUUUCUAUCCCAGAGCACUUCGUCAAAAUCGAACUUCCCCAGAUUCUUGCGGACUCAGAACCAGAAGAUGAAGUGAGUGUGCAGUUCUUUGCAGCGACUAUAACCCUUUACCGGAUAAUGACAGAUGUCUUUGAUGUUCUAUACGGAAGCAAUCUGGGAUGUGAAGAUCAUGUUGAUGUUUUCGAGGCCGCCUCCUACCUUCUAAGAUGCGAGCAAAGGUUCUUCUCGUGGCAGCGUGACCUUCCAAAGCAGAUUUCAUUGAUAAAGCCAGAAGAUCUGGAGCGAGCGCCAAACGAGUUUAGAAUCCUGGGGCUGCGUAUCAUAUUGACACUAAGGUUUCUCAAUUUGCGCAUCCUUGCACACCGGCCAAUACUCUGUAUGUACCUGGAGGGCCUGGGGGCAUCUCAGGUAGAUCCUUUGCAGUUAGUCACAUUGCGUCAGGUCGGAGCCAACAGCGUCCAGCUUUGUGUUCAGUCGGCAACCACCAUUGUCAACAUCACUACCUGGGCAUUGGAACACAAUAGUCCCCACCGAAACCUGCUUGGAGCGUGGUGGUUUUCACUCUAUUACACUUUUAACGCGUCACUUGUGUUAUAUUCCGCAUUAAUUAUUCAGCACCAAACAAAGCUGUGGAGCCAGCCAAUGGCGAUGGAAGAGUUGCAUCUGUCCAUAGAAUCUCUUCACGGCGCAACGAAAUGCCUGUCUCAGAUUUUCAUAGGGAACAGGAUGGCAGAAAAGUGUGUUCGGUACACUACUGCACUUUCAAACUGGUUAUCAGUGAUGUACAUGUCAGAAAGUAAUCCUGCUUUCGGAAUCCCAGGCUUGCCCAAUACUUCGUCCGAAAGAUUCGCGAUGCAAGGGGGUUCUGAUGAUAGUGCGCAGUCACACGAACACCUGCAUUUUUAUGACUCCACCGACUUGCACUUAGGACUUGACUCGGGCGAGCUUCUAAAUCCAUCUGAUUUUAGCUUUCUAUGUAGAUUCGCAGAGCCGAAUGUGUCAUGA